CUGAGCAUGUGUCAAUAUCUCCUCCCAUCCCUGCCAUCCGUAACCUGGUGCAUAACAUCCCACCAUGGCACCUACUAAGCUGCCUGGCAGACCGUUCUGACUUCCUUUUCUGAGACGCUGCUGGGAGCAGGCUAAGAGAGCUAUGUAUUUACCAAAACUUUGUCAAGUGAAGAUGGAGAAAGGGUGGCUCUUCUCCCUCUUUUGUUUGUUCUCAGUGACCAGCAUUUCAGGCCAGCCUGAAGACGUCAUUACACAAAGAAAAGUGGUCUGCGCUUUGCCAGGUACUGACGUGACCCUGGUAUGCAACUUCCCAAAAUCACACAACACCUACAUAAUACAGACACAGUGGUCCAAGACUGAUGACACUCAGUUUUCCAUGAUAGCUGUUUAUCACCCUGCUUAUGGCACCAGUUACUUCCCAUUUCCUGAGGCUUCUUACAACUUUUCGGUGUCCUUCAGCACGAGGAAGUGCUGCAACUGGGAUGCUACAGAGUCUUUGUGUUUCCCCGAUCCAAACAUCACACCUGAGUGCAGUCAGUGGGCUCUACAUCUGAAAAAUGUUACUGUCUCCCUCAGCGGGCAGUACGAGUGCACUUUUGCUUCUUACCCAUAUGGGACAAAGGCUACAAAAAUUCAACUUAUUGUCAAGGCAGAAGAGGAGCAGCACUAUGUGAAGGAAGUGCAGUUAAACCAGACUUUAGAGAUUCCAUGCCUCGAGGACACGACCUCAGAAAAUUUGUCCAAUUAUCCUUUGAAAUGGCUAGUGGGGGAAAAUGGCAGGAAAGAGGAGCUUGUGAUCAAGGAGCCCUCCUGUCCGACAGUGUACAGGAACAGCAGCGUGCUCUACAGGCAAAGAGUACUUCUGAGUUUGAAUAACACGCUAAAGAUUUUCCCCACCAAAAUCAUGGAUGAUGGCAGGGUGUUUUCCUGCCACGUGGUGUACCACCCGGAGAGAGUCCAGAAGAGCAGCACCACCGUGAGAGUAUUUGCCUACCCUGAGAUCUCUGUUAGCCUGCAGGAGGGCUCAGCUGGCACCUCGCAGAAGCCUAAUGUGAGCUGCGUCGUGAAGAAGGCAUUUCCCAAACCAAGCCUCCUGUGGUACGUGGACAGAGCAAGCCUGACAGAGCAGCCUGGAGAAAUUUCCAUCGAACAAGAAGACUCACAAGACAGUGAAGGUUUCUAUCAGCUGAGAUCAACACUGAUGUUACAAGGGACCAACCAGACACAUAAGACGUUCUCCUGUGUGUCUCUGUUUUCUUUUAUCGGGAAUGAAACACGGAAUAUUUCAUCAGAAGAAAUACUUGUUUCUCUCGGCAAUAAGUCUAAUGAAGCCUCAUCCGAAGCUUUUACCACCAUGGCUUCAGAAGACCUUGGAAAUUCAGCACUUCCAGUGGGUCUCAUGACUACCUCAGAGCAUCAGUCGACAUCUUUGGCCUCUCUAGAUUUCACAAGUCAAGCAAGUGUGGCUUCUGCUUCUACAACACAAGCAGGAGCACUGAUUUCUACUGCAGAGCCAAAAAGCUAUGCCAGCCCCACAGCAUUCAACGAGAGUUUGACAACACCGUAUUUGAAUGAUUCCACCACCAAAUCCCCACAAAGCCUUAGGAAUGCCACGCGAUCCUCUGAGAACACAACCCUGGUGCAUCGUAACCUGUCCUUCAGCAUCACAGACCAGCCAAUUUCAGUUACCAAGGUGAAAGAUUUCUUUACUACCAGCAGUCUGCUCAAUAGUACUGGUGGCAUGAGGAACAUAAAAGCCCAUCAUUUCCCCUGGUCAACAGUGGUAGCCAUCCUGCUCCUCUUCUGCAGUGUUCUAAUAGCUUUAGGCAUCAGGAAAUGGUGUCAGUACCAGAAAGAGAUUAUGAACAGACCUCCGUCUUUCAAGCCACCGCCACCUCCAAUAAAGUACUUCUCCAUGGUGGAAUCUGAUGGGACUCCCCCAUCCUGCCAUGAACUGGAAAACCUCUAACAUCACCUACACCCCUUGUGUAGUGCGCAGAAGACUGACACACUUAAAAGACUCUGUCUUUAAAACAGUGAUUACAGGAGUUUGGUGUUAAUGACCCAUAUUAAAAUUCAGAGUGCCUAAAUGACAUUAAUGUUGGAAGCUGAGCACUCCUGAGGACACACUUCAUCCCAACUAUCUCUAUGUGUGCAUUAUGUUAACACCAUUGUGAGCAUCCCUGUCACCUUGAGAUUACAUGUGCUUAAUUUGAAUUGGGUGAUCACCUGGGAAUUUCCUGUCUUGUUAAUGGGAGCAGAUUAACACAUCACUCCGCCAGCCUGCCUGAAGAGCAGUUGCAGCUUUUUGUUUUACUAAGUGUAUAAAGACAACGGUUCUGGGUUCUGCCGUAUGGACAUCACAAUUACACAGGAAAUGUUGGCUUAACACAAGAUUUUUGACCCCUCCAUAAGCCAUUCUUACAAUUAUUAUUUUUUACUAUAACAUAUUGACCAAUAUGACCCAAUAUAUGAUUUUCUAUCACUGUGAAACUAAACAAAAAAUAAUCAGCACCUCACACGGAAAGAAAAUAGUCUGCAUCUGUUGUCACCGGGUUGCAGCACAGGAUCGUGGUGGGGUGUUGGUGAGAUGACAGGGCACUGUGCUGACCCAGUGGAAGCAUUCGUAAAGAAGACCCAGCCACUGUUGGUGAAGUCAGGAGAAAGAGUCAGCUUUGGGCUCAUUUACAAGCCACCUGUGGACCAGAGGCUUAAGGACUGAAGUAAGUAAGGAACCCCAAAGAUAACGGAAAGUGUCUUGAGUCUGUUUUUCUGAAAUUAUAUUUACAGUAUAUGUGAAGAAAGAAAGGAAUAUAAUCAUUUUAUUCCCCAUUGUUCUUAAUAAGCUUCUGUCAUUUGCUCUCUCCACAUCUUUCAAGACCUCAAGGGUAUUUUCCCAGGUGGCUUAAGCUGGUGGAAGGAAUGGUCCAGACUUAGCCCUAUCCUGCCUGGGCUGUGUGUCUUCGCAUUGACACUAGUGAUUAAAGGACCAUGCCGAGGGUGGGAUCAGCUCAUCCCACUGCACAGUUCUCAAGCCAGGUCAGCACCUGUGUGAUCACUAACGCAAGGCGCAAGAGAUGCAGUAGGAGCACUGCUGUCGGCAGCAGUGUGGUCUUACAUUACCUUCAGCCAGCCAAGAAACUGUCCCUCCAAGCUUGUUUGAAAAUGUAUUGUUACCACAAUGGUAUUUCUGUAAUUAAUGCAAAUCAAUUAAAAUUCAAUC